GAAUCUUUAAACACAAUGGAGAAAACAGAAGUAGUAGAUUCUGAGGAACAAGUGGUUCAUGCGCUGGUUCACUUUGUCGAAGAGAAAUCCAAAUCAGCAAUUGCGGAGAGAGAUCGGUUCGUUAUGGGCCUGUCAGGUGGCUCAGCUUGCACAUUUCUCUGCAAAGGCUUACCUAUGAUCACAUCUGACUGGACUAAAUGGAAGUUCAUAUUCUGUGAUGAACGAGUCGUGCCGUUCGAUAACGCCGAGUGUACGUUUUCUAUUUAUAAGAAUAAUUUGUUUUCCAAGAUUCCAUUCAACGAUGAACAAUUCGUCAUCAUCGAUCCUUCGUUGCCAGCCAAGCAAGCUGCUGAAGACUAUGAACGUAAACUAAGAGCUCUGUACCCUGAUAACGUGGAUCUACCGAAAUUCGAUUUGUUAUUACUUGGGGCUGGUCCAGAUGGACACACUUGUUCUCUUUUUCCAGGUCAUCCACUGUUGGAUGUAACAGAUAGAUGGGUAGCUUCGAUCGACGAUUCGCCGAAGCCACCGCCAAGCAGAGUUACGUUGACUUAUCCCAUCAUAAAUAAUGCUCUUAGCGCUGUCUUCGCCUUCGCCGGCGCUGGCAAAGCCGAAUUGGUUAAGCGUCUACUAAAGGACAAAGAAGACUUGCCAGCUACUCGUGUCAAACCAGCAGAAUUGCUUUGGAUCUUGGAUCGAGCCGCGGCUAGCCAAUUGUAGUUGAAAAGGGCUGUGGAUGUAUCACUGUUCGCAUGCUUUAUCAUUCCUUAUUGUCUAAGAGGGAUUUUGUUUUGGGGAUUUCAAUAAAGUUUAUUUCAACUCA